UUAAGCACCAUCUACAUCUACAUAUAAAAAAAAAUUCAGGCUUUCUUGUUUAUACUAAUAUAUAUUAAUACAUAAUUUUCAUAUUGUUUGAACGAAGCUGCACAUAAAGCUUCAUUUUCUCUCUCCAUUUUCUCAUUGUUGUUGGUUUUGUGUUACUAUAUACAUGCAAGAGAGGAAGGACAGUGGUGAUGUUGAAAUCUCAUGGUGGGAUUAAUAUAUAGACAUAAAGCAAGUAUAAAGAGGGUGGUGUGGUGUGGUGGGUUGCAUUGAUUGGUCAUUUUGUUCUUUGUUUGGUUGUCUCAGUCUCAACUCUGAUGAGAGGAAUUCAUGUGUGUGACAGAUAUCUUGUACCAUUUGCUUCUCUUGGGUUUUGGGCAUUUCUAUUUGGUACUGGGAUUCUGGCCUGGGACUUAUGAGGUGCUUCUUCACCUCUUCAUUCAUAAUAUCAUUACUAAAGCAUAGAGAAAGUGGAUAGAUAGAAGGAAGGUUGGCAAUGGAAUCAUCUUCUACUCACAACAGCCCUAUUCCCCUAAGAGAAGUGCACCCUAACUACUAUCCAUAUCCACCUCCUUUGGCUACAUAUCAGGAUGUUGUGGCCUCACCUCAACUCUUCAUGGAUACACUGCAGAGACUCCAUGCCUCUCUUGGAACCAAGUUCAUGAUCCCUGUUAUUGGGGGCAAAUACCUCGACUUACAUAGGCUCUUCGUGGAGGUUACUUCUAGGGGUGGUCUUUCAAAGGUUCUUGGAGAGAAAAGAUGGAAAGAAGUAACUACCGUUUUUAACUUUCCCUCCUCAGCUACAAAUGCUUCUUUUAUUCUUCGGAAAUAUUAUGCUCAAUUGCUCCACCACUAUGAACGAAUUUACUAUUUUAAUGCAAAGUGUUGGACUCCUUCAUCAGCUGAUGCUUUGCAGAAUGUGGCCAUGAUUACAGCUCCGCCUUGUAGGCUGGCUGGAACACCACAACAAUUGCCAGACAUUCAAGCUGAUGUGCCAGUUAAAGUAGCUAAAGAAAGUGUUAGACCAUCAGCAGGUGCAGGUUCAGGUUCUGAAGUGUACGGUGUUAUUGAUGGGAAGUUUGAGAGCGGGUAUCUAGUAACUGUUAAAAUUGGAUCAGAGGAUUUUAAGGGUGUACUAUAUGCCCCUCCGAAUUCAGCAAACCUAGUACAGCAGCAUCAAAGUGUCCCUCAAAUGCAAAUUGUCCCUGUAAAUACCACUGAUAAUAAUGCAGCAUCAGGAGUGGUCCGGAGAAAGCGUAGGAAGAAAUGCGAAAUUAAAAAGAGAGACCCUGCUCGUCCAAAGCCUAAUAGAAGUGGCUAUAACUUUUUCUUUCAAGAACAGCAUGCCAGGCUCAAACCGCUUUUUCCUGGAAAGGAUAGGGAAAUCAGCAGGAUGAUUGGUGAGGCAUGGAACAAAUUAAACGAGCCUGAAAAAGCGAUUUAUCAGGAGAAAGCUAUUAAAGACAAAGAAAGAUACAGAUUAGAGCUGGAGGAUUAUCAGGAGAGAUUAAGGACAGGACGAGUCCAAGGCCAUGCAGCGCAAAUGCAACAGUCAUCUUUUAAACCAGCUGCUGCUGCUGCAGAUCUAAUGGUUCCGGUCCAAAGUAAAGACGGGAACACUUCUCCUUCAGAGGACGAGGCAAGCUCCAAUAAGAGCGAGAGGAGCAGCUUGGAAGAUCAUAAAGUCGAGGACAAGGGUGUGGAUCUAGAGGCAGCACUUCCCGGGGUGGAAACCGAGAUUGAAAGUGCCACUUUGGGGAAGGGAGUUGACAACAAUGCUGCAAUGCACAAGGAAGAAAUUUCAUUACCGAUACGCCCCAUGGGAGACAAUUCUUCAGUACCCAGCUAGUGGAGGAGCGAGAAACGGAAUGGAAGAAGCAUUUUCAUGACAGUUAGUAACUACAAGGUAUGGGUAAUUUAAGGUGCUGAAGAAGAAGAAGAAGAAGGAAGAAGAAGAAGAAGAAGAAGAUUAGAUUGUUUUGAACAGUGUAGUUAUUCUGCAUCUUUCUCUGCUUUUACUAAUAGCAAUGCUACAAGGAAUGAAACAUGUUAGAUACA